AUCAAGUCACAUUGUAAGUCAGCUCGCGCAAGACACCACACACCAGCCGACAGACCACCGCGAAUCAGUCCCGCAACUCCGUCCAAACACUCUAUCGGAACGAAAUCGAAAGUCAAACUCGCCGUGCGCCGUUUGUUAAACUUUUUUAUUUAUUUUAUUAUUUCUUUUGAUCUUUCGUCACCGACACGGCGCGUACCCAUACGCACACAUCGCGUGUUUCGCGUUCGGCGUUUUGAAAUCGAAGCUAAGUGCAGGUGCCGUUUGUGUUCGUUCCCAUUUCAAAAGUGCAAUGCCACUCUAGCGCAAUUUGGCGCGCUUCACUUCUCAUUUUUACGGCCUGCAGCCUGAUUGCAUUUGUGCGUUUGGAAAAUGCGUGUGCCGCUAAUAUGCGCGCUCCUGGUGAGCGCCGUGUGCGCAAAGACGGAUUCACUGACGACAGCGCGACUCAUCAGCGAAAAAAUCAAUGUGUUAGGCAUGCUCAACAAAACCAGUACCAAUGAGAGUGCCUUUUCGUACUUCAUCGCCGCUGCGGCCAACGAGACGCUCGGCAAGCUGCAGAUCAUCGCCGACCUGGAGCAGCAGCUGGAGAUCGACAACCAGAUGAAAGGGAAAUUAUGCAUGCGGAAUCUCACCGACUGCAUGGCGAAUGAUCCCGACUAUGAAAUGACCAUGAGGCAGCUGACAAAACUCCUGCUGGGUGCCUCGCCGCCGUUUGACCUGAGCACGGUCGAAGGAGUCAGCGAGGACUGCCAAAAGGCCAGUCACCGUUUCGUCACUGACUUGAGGAACUACCAGCUGUGGGCAUUAGGAAUGUACGACGCGACUGCGAAACUACCAUCCGGAUUAUUAAGUGGUAACGUCAAUCAACUGGGCGAUUUUGAUUUGUGCAUGUGGUCAAAAUUAAGUGAAGAGCAAAUCUAUGGCCAGUAUUGCCUGGCAGCGAUUCAGGUCGAGACACCGCACAGUCCUUACCUGUCUGCGGUUCAUAAUCGUCUAUAUGCACAUCAGAGCUUCAAAAGCAAAUUGGGAGAUCCUGGUCAUCGAGUACCUCGAUUCUCUAGCAUCAACUGGGGUAUGUGCACACCGAGUCAAUGCACUGCCAAGGAUGUUGAACUUGGCUUCCGGAAGACAGUCGACGCCAUCUUGGGCCCUACGGAUUUGGAAUAUAAAAUGGAAGUCGAUGCGCAUAUGUGCACUUCGUCGAGACCUAAGACUGAGCUUAAUUAUGGAUUUAUUUUUGGGAGUGUAUUCUUUCUCGGAUAUCUGAUCUUUGCUUUCAUUGCGACAGCUUAUGAUCAUUAUAGCACGUGUCCCGACAAAAACGAAAUUUUUGUGGCAUUCUCCUUAAAAAAGAACAUUUUAUCCAUGAUUUCCAUUGAACGCCAAGGAAAUGAUUUGGAGGCGGUGCACGGCAUCAGAUUUAUCAAUGCGAUCAUGCUGUUAUUGUCGCAUAAAUCGAUGGCAUUGUUGUUCCUGCCGUACGUGAAUCGCACUGAAAUGAGCGAGACAAUUGGCCAACCAUGGACUGUAAUCGGUCGAGCAGCAAGUUUAUACACUGACCCAUUCCUCAUGUUGUCGGCAACAUUGACCACUUACUCAAUUGUGGGUCGUCUACAACGAAAUGUCAAAAUCAGUAUUAUCGAGGAGUAUGCCGCAAGAUUAUUCCGCAUCGUCCCUACAUUAGGUGCAUUAAUUUUAUUCUGCACCUUUGUCCUGCCUUACAUCGCAGCGGGCCCCAUGUGGAAUCUUGUGGUCACACACCACUCAGACAUUUGCAAACAAUACUGGUGGAGAAAUUUAAUGUUUAUUCACAAUUACUUUGGUUUUAAAAACAUGUGUUUAACUCAUACUCAUCAUGUGGGAAUCGACACGCAAUUGUUCUUCCUCUCGCCAUUUUUAAUCAUGCUGUUAUGGAAAUGGCCAAAACGCGGUAUCUUCACGCUGAUUACCAUAGCAACGCUUUCAACGAUCGGGCGAUAUUAUAUCACGAACAGUAUGAAGUUAUCUAAUUACAUCCACUUUGGGACCUCGAUUGAGCAACUGUUUAACACAGCGGAUUACAUGUACAUUCUACCACCGCAUCGUCUAACCGUGUACAUAAUGGGGAUUUUUCUGGGAUAUUUAUUACGAAAUUCAAAGCACAUUAUUCUCAAACCGGCACAAAUUCAUAUUGGAAAUAUCCUUGCGUUGGUGAGCUUCGUGGCAUCUUUUAUUGGACCAGCAUUCAUGGGCAGCAUCGAUUACAUCUACCAACCUGUUCAUGCUGCUUGGUAUGCGGCUUUCGCACCAAUUUUAUGGUGUUUCACAUUCGCCUGGAUAAUCUUCACCUCCCACUUAGGAUAUCAAAGUCGGAUGGGCAGGAUAUUCAGUUUCCCAUACUUCAGACUCUGGACGAAAAUCAGUUACACCGUCUACCUGACACAAUUCCCAAUAUUCUUCUUCAACGUCGGCACGACGCGCCAUUCCGAACAGUACCAAUUCAUUCAGAAAAAUUUGAAUAUUCUCGAAAUGGCUUGGAUCUUUGGAGUGUCGAUACUGAUGACGCUGCUGUUCGAAUCGCCGUUCAUCAACAUCAAGAACAGCAUAUUCAAGCGCAAAGACAAAACCAAAGCGAUGAAGUCACCUGAACCAGCCAAAAAGAAGAUUAGUUAAUACAUCGAAAUGUUAACGCUUUUAUCCUCAUGUGUUGUAUAUACUUAACUGAUAGCUUUAGUCAUUGUAAUGUUUAGUUUUUAUACCGUCCUCUAGAUGUAACUAAAAUUAUGUUUAAUAAAGGUAUAAUUUUUUCAAAA